AAAUCAAAAAUAAAAAAGUCAUCGUCAAUUCAUCCCGUCGCCUCCCUCCCCUCACCUUCUCCCUCCCUCUCAACCAAUUCAUCACUUUUUCUACUUCCUACAAUUCUAUGGCAUCAGAAAAUCCUUUAGAUUAUUAAUGAAUUUCGAGGAUAAGGAAAACCCACCAAAAUCAGAGCCCGCAAUUACAAACCCUAGAUUCGGCUAGCGUGUGAAUGGAUAUGAAAUUUGAAUUGGGGUAAUCUUUCUCAGUUUUUAUCUGUGGAUUUUUGCCGAUCUGGUGCAUUUGUUUUGCUGGUGAUGACCUUGCUGAUGGAUAACGACAAAGAAAAUCCUUCUAGAGAGCGUGUUCAACAACUUUUCAACAAGAAUGUUGAGUUGGAGAACAAGCGAAGGAAAGCAGCGCAGGCCAGAAUCCCUUCAGAUCCUAACACAUGGCAGAAUAUGCGUGAAAAUUAUGAAGCAAUUCUCCUUGAAGACCAUGCUUUUUCUGAACAACAUGAUAUAGAAUAUGCUCUAUGGCAAUUGCAUUAUAGGAGGAUUGAGGAGCUAAGGGCCCUCUUUGCUGCAGCGGCUUCGGCAGGAUCACCUGCACCCCAAAAUGGUAAAGGGACACUUCGUGCUGUACCUGAUCGGCUUACAAAGAUCCGUUCUCAGUUUAAGACCUUCCUCUCCGAGGCUACUGGAUUUUAUCAUGAUUUGAUGUUGAAGAUAAGAUCCAAGUAUGGACUCCCAUUGGGAUAUUCUACUGAUGAUCCAGAAAAUCAGAUCCCAAUGUCAAAAGAUGGAAAUAAAUCUCCCGAGGGGAAAAAAGGCUUGAUGUCAUGUCAUCGCUGUCUGAUCUAUUUGGGUGAUCUUGCUCGUUACAAAAGCUUAUAUGGAGAAGGGGAUUCUAAAGCCCGCGAUUUUGCAGCUGCUUCAAGCUAUUAUUCGCAAGCUUCCUCGAUAUGGCCUUCAAGUGGUAAUCCACAUCAUCAGCUUGCCAUACUUGCUGGAUAUUCAAAUGAUGAACUGCUGUCGAUAUAUCGCUAUUUUCGAAGUCUAGCAGUGGAUAUCCCAUUUGUAACUGCAAGAGACAACUUAAUCAUUGCGUUUGAGAAGAAUCGUCAGAAUUACUCCCAGAUACUUGGUGAUGGUAAAGCUCCUUCUGUGAAGAUGUCACCUGCAAGGUUGCCUGGAAAGGGAAAAGGCAAAGGGGAGCCAAGGCCUGCUUUGAAGGAAAAUAAGCCAGUAGCUAGUGCAAUGAAGGAAAGACCUCCAAAUAAGUCUGAACUCUUCAAAGCUUUUAUUACAAAAUUUGUUAGGUUGAAUGGCAUUCUCUUCACGCGCACGAGCCUCGAAAUCUUUCCUGAAGCGUUCUCUAUGGUUAAAAGUGAUUUAUUAGAACUUCUUUCCAGUGGGGCUGAUGACGAGCUCAACUUUGGGUCAGAUGCAGCUGAAUGUAGGCUUGCAAUUGUUAGAAUGAUUGCGGUCCUAAUAUUCACUGUACAUAAUGUGAGCAGGGAUGGUGAAAACCAAUCCUAUGCUGACAUUCUACAACGCUCUGUCCUGCUUCAAAAUGCUUUUACUGCUACAUUUGAAUUUGUGGGCAGCAUUCUUGAGCGGUGCAACCAUUUAACUGAUCCCUCAUUAAGCUAUUUGCUACCUGGGAUUAUGGUGUUUGUGGAAUGGUUGGCGUGUCGUCAGGAUUUUGCUGUUGGCAGUGAAUUGGAGGAGAAACAAUUUAAUGCAAGAUCUUUUUUCUGGAAUAAAUGCAUCAUGUUUCUGAAUAAGCUCUUGUCUAGUGGCAUCGUGUCGGUUAAUGAAGAUGAAGAUGAGACAUGUUUCUCAAAUAUGAGCAAGUAUGAUGAAAGUGAAACUGCAAAUCGCCUUGCAUUACCUGAAGAUAUUGAGUUGAGGGGAUUCCAUCCUCUGCUUCCUGCCCAACUCAUCCUUGAUUUUUCGAGGAAGCACUUAUUUGGAGGUGAUGGAGGCAGCAAAGAGCGGAUUGCACGUGUAAAGAGGAUCAUCGCAGCCGGAAAGGCUCUUGCUAAUGUUGUUCGAGUUGGCCCUGAUGGAGUAUAUUUCGACGAUCAGAUGCAAAAAUUUGUCUUUGGUGCUGAACCUCAGAUUUCUGAUGAUCUUUCGCUUCCCAGUCAUUUGGAACCUAAUGUGAAUGUUAACUCGCUAGAUAUUUCAUCGAUAGGCCGAAUGGCUCUGGCUGCUCUGCCAAAGAUAGUGGUGGGUGCGGAAGCGGAUGAUGAAGACGACGAGGUGAUUGUAUUUAAGCCUCCAACUACUGAAAGGCAUAUGGAUGAGUUCUCUCUGAAAUUGACUUCUCCAGGGAUUUCUGCUUCUGUUGGUGAGGCUUGCAAGGUUGAUUUUGGGAAUGAAAAGGGAUAUCCCUCUGCUGUCCAGGACGGGUUUCUCUUGCAGAGUGCGGUGACUGCAGGCAUGAAAUCUUCUGCACCUGUAUUUAACACUGUCGUUAAUGGAACUACUCAGUAUCUGCAACCCAUCCAACCCAGCACAUCAAUGUGGUCAGCAAAUCACUCGCCUAUUGUAAAUGGUUUUUCCCAGAUGAACUUGAUGGAAAAUGGAGUGAGAUCUGAUCUGCAAGAUAAGUUCGAAGUUUAUCAACAUGCUUCUGUUUCCUUGCCUUACCCCCAAUUUAUGAAUGCUGGUCCUAGCCAUAACUAUCCUAUUAUGAAUCCACAAGCUAGUGUACCGUCUAAGUUUGACUCCAUUAUACCUUCUGGGUCAUUCGUUGAUAGCCUGAGCAUCAAACCAUCAUUGGUCAUGCCACCUGGCUCAAAAAAGUAUCCAGUGAGUCGACCUGUUAGACACAUCGGUCCACCACCUGGUUUUGCUUCUGUUCCUUCCAAGGUUGUGGAUGAAGCAUUGUUCAACAGCAUGCCCCAGAAUGGGACUUCAAUCCCUCAAACGGAUGAUUACAGCUGGCUAGAUGGCUAUCAGCUGUCUUCAUCCAAUCAAGGUGUUGGGUUCAGCAAUUCUGGGAAUCAGGCCGUCCCUGCAUUCCCUUCUGUGACCUUCCCUUUCCCUGGGAAGCAGGUGCCGAUACAAGUCCAGAGUGAUAAUCAGAAAGGCUGGCAGGACCAUCCCUUUUCGGAACAUAUGCUGCACUAUGAGGAGCAGCAGAAAGAAUUUCAGAAAGGAAACCAACAGCUUGGCUUGCCACAGCAGCAGUAUCAAGGACAGUCACUUUGGGAAAGUCGUUUCUUUGUGUGAGAUGAUUAAGGAAGCAUAGAUGGCAAAGCAUCAAAUAUUCUUGGGUGCUGCAUUUCGUCCGUCAAUGUUGGGAAAUUGUCAAUGUUAUUGUUUUAAUGGAACAUUGUUGGUCUGGAGCGUUGCAGGCACCUGCUUUCCAAGAGGUAUCUCUCUCCAUAUCCCCCAACUCUAGAACCUUUUUCUCUGUAUUCUCCGUUUGAGGUUACGUGUUUUUUUUUUAAUUUUCUUGCAGAUGGUUUGAAUGGAGCUUAUAAUUCAGUGAGUAAUGGGCGUGGAUAUCUUAUAAGCUUGAAUGCAUUCUCUGGUCGGAUCAGUUGGAUAAGCCUUCAGGGAUAUUUGGAUUGUGGUGGAUGGCCUGGAUGGGAAUUUGUAGAAGUUGUAGCAAAUCCUAUACCUUUGUGGCUGGUGAAGUUCUUUCAUCUGAAGCAUUCCGUGUGGUGUCUGCCAUGAUGAAAGUUUGAAAAGCUAAAAUUUUAUAAUAUUAGUCUUUGCAGUCGUCAGUAUGUCAACAAAAGCACUGAAGUGGAAUUUGAUGAUUCGUAGAGAUUUUUCUUUUAUAAUUGAAGUUGUUCAUGGUUGAUGGUUUAAAUAAGAAUGCGCUGAUAAACGCAAUAAGGUAUUUCAACCUGUGUGGUUACUGGUUUUAUUACUGAAUCAAGACCUAAUAUUCUUAGGUGAUUGUUUUUCUGUCAAUUGUCAAGUACAUUGUGAUGUUACUAAUUAGAUGUCUGUUUAUGUCA